AUGGGCAAUCUCAACGCCAACUGUAUGCACUAUUUUGAACCGUACCACACCAGUAGAUCGACCAUAUACCAUUCAAAAGCAUUCUUCUGCAUAGACCUGCCUGCCGCAGAACUUGCUGAACCGCAGAGACCCACUUCUACUGCAGAACCCAAUAGGAACAGGUGCCAAGCGGUUGCGGAGUGGGUACCGGCACUUCCGACUUCAUACGAUUCACGGUGCUGUAUAGUAUUCUUCCUUCACGCGCACCAAGGCUCUCGCAUCGCACGUUUCCGCACGAUUAACCGAAGCAGCAGCAGCAGCAACUCCAGCUCCACCGCCGAAGAGGCUACUACUAGAAGCACCGGUAUAUCAUUAUCCUUUGGUCUAUCAUUAUCCUUUGGUCUACACUCAAACACUGCACUCUAUCAUGUCAAGAAUGUCAAGAAUAUCAUGUUAAGAAUAUCCUAUCAAGAUUCAAAGCCGACAUCUCUACGAAUGCCUAAAUUCUGCCCAAAUCCAAUGCCUAAAUCUUCAACCUCCGGUCCACUACGACUAUGUCUAACACAUGCACGCGUACACUGUUCAUCUAUUCCAUUGUUUGCCAAGCUUUCAUAUGUGAACAGGCGGCUAUGGCAAUAUAAGCAAUUACGUUUCAUUGCUGAUUACCCCCAUAUAAGACUACCUACAAAGUCCCUUCCUGUACCCAGUACUACCGAGUCUGCAGCUUUUAAAGCUGAGACUGACAAGCCCCUUAAUACCCGCACCUUGAAGUCGGACACUAUCAAAAAUUGUCCUCAUGCUUAA